AUGGAAGUACGACUGUCUGGUAUCGACGAUGCGCGAGUUUUGGUCCUUUUCAACAAAUUUGCCAUAGGCAGAACGUCUAGAGUUGGCCUAGUGAAGGACGCAAGUAAUGGAUUGGUCACCCUCGAAGCUUGGUUGAAUUGUCUAAAGCAUCUGAAUUAUGUUCCGGAGAAGAUGGAUGAAGCGGAUGCAAUAGAGAUCUUCAGGUCGUUCCGUCAAGCUAGUUUGAACCUGGGAUUCUUCCGUAGCUCCCUUCAGAUGAUCGUCCGCAAGAUUGCUCAAUCGGACCUAGUGAAAGAGCGGAGAAAGCGUUUCUCUCACUUCGAACAGAUGCAGAAUCGUCAGUUGCUGAGGGAGCUUGACGAUGAGGUCUCAUCCCGUGACAGACUGGUGAAGAUGAAAGACAGAUUUUACAAGGCAGAUGCAACCUUUAGAAAUCUAAUGGAAGAAAGGAAGAAGAAGUUGACAGAACGACUCGCGUAUCUGAAGCAGAAGCAUGACGAUCAGAUAAGGCAUGUCGAGGCGUACAGAGAACGAAUCGAAGAGGAAAAACGUCUCAAAGCCGAGAAAAAGAAAGAGAUUCACAGAGAGCUGAUGGAGAAGUUGGCGAGAGACAAGGAGCAGCAGGCAGCGAUCAACCAAUUUCAGCAGGCUGUCAAGGAAGAUCUGAAGAUGCGUCACCUUGAGCAGGUCGCUCGGUCACAGGAGUACAAGCGGUCAAAGCUCAUGGCGAAGCUGGAGAAGAAGGCUAAGGUGCCGCUUGAGAUGGCGAGUCAUAAGGCAGCCUUCAGAGAAGAGCAAGCUAUGGAUCACUUUCACUGGAAGAUCCAGAAAGACAAGCUCGAGGUCGUCAAGGCUGACUUACGCUGGAAAGGAAAGCUUGUUGGACUUCCUAAGGAACUUGAAAGCUACUCUGUAUUGCGAUCCUUCCUUCACAAUCAGAAACUCAAUGCGUGCCUUGACGAUCUGAGCCCCGAGCUUCCGCCAGUGCAGGAGGGAGAGUGGAUCCCCGGGAGGGUAGAGAAAGAUCUCAUCUCCUCCUACAAGUUGUUUCUGUCCCCUGACAGUGGGCAGUGCACCUUGAGGAUCGAGCUCAAGCUCCUGCAGGGUUUGGCGGAUGUGUACGUGGGGAAUGGAACUCUUCCUUUUCCGACUCAGCAAGAGUAUCACUGGAGCUCCUGCGGCCUGGGAGCUAAGAGGCUUGCUAUCCAGUUCUUCGACCACCACUUCAUGCUCGGAUACUUCUAUAUAUCCGUGUUGGGAACCAAGAACGCGUUUCAAAGCUGCUGCGAGUAUGAGCUGCGAUGGGAUUGCAGGAAGUUGCAAUCGCCUCUAGCAGAAGUCGGCGACAUGUCUAAGACCCAUUAG